AGCAGAAAGGACGCCAUCUUCGUUUGUCAACGGACGUCAAGGUGUUCUGAUCUCGAGAACUCGGGAGGUUGUUCUGAAGAAAGGAAAAAAAAGUCAUGAGGGAUAACAAGUGCUCGUAAAAAUAAUCAUUUAUACUCGUAACGUGUAUUUCGAACUACACAAUGACAUGGCGUCUACGGACUUUGAAAAACGCAAAGAGGAAGAAUACGAAAUGCAGCUGUUGGGCUUUCACUCGAGAGCCGUAUACGCGACACGUAAGAAGACGACGACGCCGCCACCACCACCACCGCUGUCGCCGCCAACGUUCCUUUGAUUCCGCGUUUAAACGGCUUACAAAUUGUAUACAAGAUUUUUCAACCAUUUGGGUGGAAAGUAUAGCUCAUGAAACUAUCGAGUCAACGUGUAAAAAGUUAUGUAAAUCUUUACAAACAAAAUACAAUUAUGAUGAGGAAGAAUUGAAAGAACUGAAGGAAAAUGAAAAACAACUGAUACAAAUUUAUUGUGCACGUGCAAUGCCGCAUUUAAAAAUUAUAGAGAAUACCGUAAAGAAAUACAUUUCCAUACCAAAAAAUGUUUUAUUAGAAGAAGACAAAUGCCAGAGUAUUCAAUAUACAGAGGAAGAAUAUGAACGACUAGAAAAAUCUGUGAAAAAUCUACAACAAAGAGCUAAGAGGGCCACUAUGUUGAAUGCUGCGUUGAAAGAAGAACUAGCUACACUAGAUCAAUUACAAAACAAUAUAAAUAAAAGUAAUGAAAUGUGUGAUAUAAUUGAAAAUAGUUCUGUGGAUCAGAAUGUCAACGGUGACAUGCUUAAAGUACUUAAACAUUAUGAAGAACUUUAUAAAAAGUUACUCAGUUUGGUACCUAAAACAGAAAAAGUAAAAUAUAAUCCAUUUGAAGAUUUCAAAGGUAAAAACUAUGAUUUUGAUAACCUUUGACGGUUGUCUUAGUCAUAGAUUUUUAAAACAUUUCCACAUUAUUUUCUCAAUGUACAAAAUGUGUAUAUGAAAUGUUUAUAUAUAGUAGAUAAGAAGAUUUCAUUUGUAACUCUUUGUUAGAUCUCAUAAAUUAACGGAUUUUAUAUAUACAUAUUUUUACCUUUGCAAUAAAAAGUUCAUAUUAUCCUA